AUGAGGUAACAAUUCAACGUCUGGUCCCGUUGAAAAACAAUGUAAGCGUAUUUAGAGAUCACCUUGAUAAAGGCUAAUGUGACGGACAUGCAGUGAAUUAUAAUCUAUUUUCAUUUAAAUAAAACGUAGAGAUGCUCCUUCUUGCUGCUUUCUUCCUGCUUUUGUAAUCUGCACGAAAGGGCCUCCGUAGGCCCGUCCCAUCCGCGGGUGAUGUACUUCCUGUGUCAUACGUUUUUUUUUAACCGUCUAUCAACAAAAAUAGAGCUAUCGUUUCCUCGGGCAUAUUCUUUCGUUAAAAAAAAAGUAUGUGUGCUGAUUUAGAUUAGUGUCAGCCUUCAGCCUUGUUAACUAACAGACAUGGUUUGAAAAUGAAAUCAACAAUUUUCACAACUAUAUCUAUCGUUUUUCAGGAACAUCGAUUUUCUAUCUUUGUUCGGUACCAACAAGUUAGCUAGCUUCUAGCCAGUACGCUAGUUAGCUAUCACCUUGCAACAAGAACAAUAUUUUCAGCAAGAUUAGGCUAGCUAAGUAGCAAGUUAACAAGGCAAACCGAGACAACUUGGCGUAGGUAGAGACCGAUAACUAUAUUGAUCUUCGGUCAGGAGUCAAGCCUGCAAUUUCUUAAACAUGGUGAGUUUUUUUUCGAUAUCAAUGUCUAGCAUGCAAUCAUCGUGCAUUGAUCAGGACCAGCAAGGGUAUAGAAAAAUGCAUACCGGUAACAAGCUAACUAGGCCUAGUUAGAUAUCUGCUGAAAUUUGAUCCACGUCGUUAGUUAGUUAAACCUUUGUAGUUCAGGGGGAUGGAUAACUACCUAGCUAUUGCUCGUUAUUUUGGGGUUUGACAACAGCCCAACCCUCCAGACAUCCUCUACCUCCUCCUGUGUGUUAUGGAUAUCAGGUCUCAUUGGCGACCAUUUUAACUUUGGCCAUAUGCUUGGUAUGGCAUUUGGGAGUGCUGGCAUACACUAUAUACAGUUGAAGUCGGAAGUUUACAUACACCUUAGCCAAAUACAUUUAAACUCCGUUUUUCACAAUUCCUGACAUUUAAUCCUAGUAAAAAUUCCCUGUCUUAGGUCAGUUAGGAUCACCACUUUAUUUUAAGAAUGUGCAAUGUCAGAAUAAUAGUAGAGAGAAUUAUUUAUUUCAGCUUUUAUUUAUUUCAUCACAUUCCCAGUGGGUCAGAAGUUUACAUACACUCAAUUAGUAUUUGGUAGCGUUGUCUUUAAAUUGUUUAACUUGGGUCAAACAUUUCAGGUAGCCUUCCACAAGCUUCCCACAAUAAGUUGGGUGAAUUUUGGCCCAUUCCUCCUGACAGAGCUGGUGUAACUGGGUCAGGUUUGUAGGCCUCCUUGCUCGCACACGCUUUUUCAGUUCUGCCCACAAAUGUUCCAUUGAAUUGAGGUCAGGGCUUUGUGAUGGCCACUGCAAUACCUUGACUUUGUUGUCCUUAAGCCAUUUUGCCACAACUUUGGAAGUAUGCUUGGGGUCAUUGUCCAUUUGGAAGACCCAUUUGCGACCAAGCUUUAACUUCCUGACUGAUGUCUUGAGAUGUUGCUUCAAUAUAUCCACAUCAUUUUCCUUCCUCAUGAUGCCAUCUAUUUUGUGAAGUGCACCAGUCCCUCCUGCAGCAAAGCACCCCCACAGCAUGAUGCUGCCACCCCCGUGCUUCACAGCUGGGAUGGUGUUCUUCGGCUUGCAAGGCGACCCCCUUUUUCCUCCAAACAUAACGAUGGUCAUUAUGGCCAAACAGUUCUAUUUUUGUUUCAUCAGACCAGAGGACAUUUCUCAAAAAAGUACAAUCUUUGUCCCCAUGUGCAGUUGCAAACCGUAGUCUGGCUUUUUUAUGGCGGUUUUGGAGCAGUGGCUUCUUCCUUGCUGAGCGGCCUUUCAGGUUAUGUCGAUAUAGGACACGUUUUACUGUGGAUAUAGAUACUUUUGUACCUGUUUCCUCCAGCAUCUUCACAAGGUCCUUUGCUGUUGUUCUGGGAUUGAAUAGCACUUUUCGCACCAAAGUACAUUCGUCUCUAGGAGACAGAACGCGUCUCCUUCCUGAGCUGUAUGACGGCUGCGUGGUCCCAUGGUGUUUAUACUUGCGUACUAUUGUUUGUACAGAUGAACGUGGUACCUUCAGGCGUUUGGAAAUUGCUCCCAAGGAUGAACCAGACUUGUGGAGGUCUACAAUUGUUUUUCUGAAGUCUUUUACUGAUUUCUUUUGAUUUUCCCAUGAUGUCAAGCAAAGAGGCACUGAGUUUGAAGGUAGGCCUUGAAAUACAUCCACAGGUACACCUCCAAUUGACUCAAAUGAUGUCAAUUAGCCUAUCAGAAGCUUCUAAAGCCAUCAUUUUCUGUAAUUUUCCAAGCUGUUUAAACACACAGUCAACUUAGUGUAUGUAAACUUCUGACCCACUGGAAUUGUGAUACAGUGAAUUAUAAGUGAAAUAAUCUGUCUGUAAACAAUUUGUUGUAAAAAUGAUUUGUGUCAUGCACAAAGUAGAUGUCCUAACCGACUUGCCAAAACUAUAGUUUGUUAACAAGAAUUGUGUGUGGAGUGGUUGAAAAACGAGUUUUAAUGACUCCAACCUAAGUGUAUGUAAACAUCCGACUUCAACUGUAUACACAAAAGUAUGUGGACACCCCUUCAAAUUAGUGGAUUCGGCUAUUUCAGCCACACCCGUUGCUGACAGGUGUAUAAAAUCGAGCACACAGCCAUGCCAUCUCCAUAGACAAACAUUGGCCUUACUGAAGAGCUCAGUGACUUUCAACGGGGCACCGUCAUAGGAUGCCACCUUUCCAACAAGUCAGUUCGUCAAAUGUAUGCCCACAGGGGGUAUGAAAAAAAAUAAAAUAAUGUAAGUCGCUCUGGAUAAGAGCGUCUGCUAAAUGACGUAAAUGUAAUUUUUGAAGUGGAAAUGUCUAGGAGCAACAGCUCAGCCGCGAAGUGAUAGGCCACACAAGCUCACAGAAUGGGACCACCAAGUGCUGAAGCAGGUAGCGCGUAAAAAUUGAGGUCCAUACAGAAAUGAUUUGUCGAGAUCGGUGUGGAAGAGCUUGACUUGCCUGCACAGAGCCCUGACGUCAACCCCAUCAAACACCUUUGGGAUGAAUUGGAACGCCGACUGAGAGCCAGGCCUAAUCGCCCAACAUCAUUGCCCAACCUCACUAAUGCUCUUGUGGCUGAAUGGAAGCAAGUCCCCGCAGCAAUGCUCCAACAUCUAGUGGAAAGCCUUCCCAGAAGAGUGGAGGCUGUUAUAGCAGCAAAGGGGAGACCAACUCCAUAUUAAUGCCCAUGUUCGAUGAGCAGGAGUCCAUAUACUUUUGGUCAUGUAGUGUGUGUGUGUGUGUGUGUUCCAGGACGAGGCGUCCCCGGCAUCUCUGACAGACCUGUGUCUGUCCUACGUGAGUGGGAACCUGGAGCGGUUCUGUGUGAAGCACGCCGACGGAUCUCUCUGUCUCAGAGACUCUUUGCUGUUCCCCCAGGAGCUAGCUGACCAGCUGUUGGCUAAGAUGGCCACUGAAGGUGAGUGAGCAAGGAGCAUGAAGUAGUCAGCGGUCACAGAUCCAAGCUCAGAUCCUUACCUUGAUCAUUAGUACAAAAACACCAAACCGGCCUUUAAUUCAGUGUCUAGAGCAGUAAUGGGCUAUUUAGUCAUUGGGUGAUUUUGUCCCAGCCCAGCUCUAACAAAAAAGUGUGGGUGUUGUUUUUAGGUCUGUUGAAUGACAGUACAGUGGGAGUGUUUCGUAGCUGUGAGUACCUGCGGUUGCGUCGUGCAUGUAUCCGGACAGCUCGUAUCUCUGCCGAGGCGUUCCAGAGAGCUCUCUGUCCUCACCGCCUGCUGGAGCUGGACGCUGCCAGGGUCAAUGCUGACCUCACCAUCUCUGACAUACUACAGGGACUGGCCUCCAACAAACACUGCCAGGUAAACAUACAGUGCAUUCGGAAAGUAUUCAGACCCCUAGACUUUCUUCCAUAUUUUGUUACAUUACAGCCUUAUUCUAAAAGGCAUUCAAUAGUUUUUCCCCCUCAGCAAUGUACACACAAUACUACAUAAUGACAAAGCAAAAACAAUUUUUUACAAAUGUAUCAAAUAAAAGUGGGAAUAUCACGUUUACAUAAGAAUUCAGACCCUUUACUCAGUACAUUGUUGAAGCACCUUUGGCAGAGAUUUCAGCCUCGAGUCUUCUUGGGUAUGAUGCUACAAGGUUGGCACACCUGUAUUUGGGGAGUUUCUCCCAUUCUUCUCUGCAGAUCCUCUCAAGCUCUGUCAGGUUGGAUUGGGAGCGUCUCUGCACAGCUAUUUUCAGGUCUCUCCAGAGAUGUUCGAUCGGGUUAAAGUCUGGGUUCUGGCUGGGCCACUCAAGGACAUUCAGAGACCUUUCCCAAAGGCACUCCUGCGUUGUCUUGGCUGUUUGCUAAGGGUCGUUGUCCUGUUGUAAGGUGAACCUUCGCCCCCAGUCUGAGGUCCUGAGCGCUCUGGAGCAGGUUUUCAUCGAGGAUCUCUGUACUUUGCUCCAUUAAUCUUUCCCUUGAUCCUAACUAGUUUCCCAGUCCCUGCCGCUGAAAAACAUCCCCACAGCAUGAUGCUGCCACCACCAUGCUUCACCGUAGGGAUGGUGCCAGGUUUCCUCCAGAGGUAAUGCUUGGCUUUCAGGGCAAAGAGUUCAAUCUUUGUUUCAUCAGACCGGAUAAUCUUGUUUCUCAUGAUCAGAGUCCUUUAGGUGCCUCUUGGCAAACUCCAAGCGGGCUGGCGUGCCUUUUACUGAUGAGUGGCUUCCGUCUGGCCACUCUACUAUAAAGGCCUGAUUGGUGGAGUGCUGAGGAACUCUGGAGCUGUCCAGUCUUGGUGGUUCCAAACUUCUUCCAUUUAAGAAUGAUGGAGGCAACUGUGUUCUUGGGGAACUUCAAUGCUGCAGACCCUUCCCCAGAUCUGUCCCUCGACAUAAUCCUGUCUCGGAGCUCUACAGACAAUUCCUUCGACCUCAUGGCUUGGUUUUUGCUCUGACAUGCACUGUCAACUGUGGGACCUUAUAUAGACAGGUGUGUGCCUUUCCAAAUCAUGUCCAAUCAAUUCAAUUUACCAAAGGUGGACUCCAAUCAAGUUGUAGAAACAUCUCAAGGAUGAUCAAUGGAAACAGGAUGCACCUGAGCUCAAUUUUGAGUCUCAUAACAAAGGGUCUGAAUGUUUAUGUAAAUACGUUUUUUCUAAAAUCCUGUUUUCACUUUGUCAUUAUGGGGUAUUGUGUGUAGAUUGUUUAUUUAAUCAAUUUUAGAAUAAGGCUGUAACGUUACAAAAUGUGUAAAAAGUCAAGGGGUCUGAACACUUUCCGAAUGCACUGUACACUGAUGAGAGCCUCCAGCCGGGACAGACAACCACAAACACUCUUCCUCCCCCCAGGAGAGCUUACAGCGGUUGGUCCUGACAGGUCUAACCAUGUCCUCUCUGGAGGAACCAUCCCGUCACCGUUUCAGCUCUCUCCAUGGGCUCCGCUCCCUCUCCCUGGCCAACGUGGACUUCUACGACUCUGGGCUGGCUGACGUGUGUUCCCUACCCCGCCUGGAGAGCCUAGACCUGUCCAACACCUCAGUGACCAACCUCAACCCUCUACUGGGCCUCAGGGAGAGGCUGAGGUCACUAACACUACACCAGCUGAAGAGGCUGGAGAUGAGCACCGCACAGCUACUGGCCGUCAUUGGACAACUGGAGGCACUGCAGGUGGGUGGGGACAGCUCUAAUGCUGAAGUUCUGUAUUCAUUUGCUCCACUAUAAAGAGCAUAUAUAUUGCUGAGCCAAGUUUCUUAAACCUUUUUCUAGUUCCGGCACUGUGAUUGUUCGCUAUCCCUGAAGUUUACUUGCGGUGCUCGAAUGGUUUUAUAUCUGAAACUCAUACUUUUGUGGAUGUGUAAAAACCUACCUAUGCAGCACCUGGACAUCAGUGAUGAUAAACAGUUCACAUCAGACGUGGCUCGUCAGUUGCUGGGCGAGCCUGGGAUCCUGCCUGCUCUGGUCUCGCUGGACGUGUCUGGACGUAAACAGGUGCUGGAGACAUAGUAUGAGUGGAGUUGACUAGAGUUGUGAGCGGGUGUCUUGCAGACGUGUGUGUGUGUGUGUGUAGUGUGUUUACCUGGUGUGUGUGUUAUGCUAGGUGACCGAUGCAGCGGUCAAGGCGUUUGUAGAGGAGCGUCCAGGGAUGACCUUUGUUGGUCUGCUGGCUACAGACGCUGGCUUCUCAGACUUCCUCAAUGGAGAGGGCAUCCUCAAGGUGGGUCUCGCUGUUUUUCUUCUCUCUGUCUGUCUGUCUGUCUCUGUUGCCUUUGUAGAGGAAGCAGCAUACUGACAGAGUACUACGUUAUGUAUGUAUGUCCUCUGUUUGUGGCAGGUGACAGGAGAGGCCAAUGAGACUCAGAUCUGUGAGGCGCUGCGUCGCUACAGUGAGAGAGACGGCUUUGUCAGAGAGGCUCUGUUUCAUCUGUUCAGUCUCACUCACAUCAUGGAGAAACCACGGCCUGACAUACUCAAGGUACACACACACAUUAUGUCAUAUCUACUCUAACCUUCACCUCAAUAUACAUCUUCCUACAGCCUGGCUCUCAGUGUACACAUUUUUAUAAAGUAAUGAGUCACUCCCUCUUGGGGAGUUUCUAGUUGGUAGUACUGGGAAUGAAGAACCACCCUGCCACCCUGAACGUCCAGUUGGCAGCCAGUGCGUGUGUGUUUAACCUGACCAAGCAGGACCUGGCAGCGGGCAUGCCUGUUAGACUGCUGGGCACAGUCACUCAACUACUGCUGGAGGCCAUGAGGACCUUCCCUAACCACCAACAGGUACACACACAAACUCACCUUCUCCAUAUUGUUUACACAUAUCCAAUUUCUUCCAAUCUGCAAACACAGACUGGCUAGGGGCUGUUUGUGGACCAGGCUUGAGUGGGGGUUUUGUUUUGUUUGGGCUCUAACCACCAUCUAUGGAUCCUUUUUCUCCAGUUGCAAAAGAAUUGCCUUCUCUCUCUGUGCAGUGACCGCAUACUGCAGGAGGUCCCCUUCAACAGGUAGAUAUACACAUUGAAUUACUUUGACUGUAGAUGUAUUCAUCCCUUAAGAUUGUGUCUCAUGAGAGACGUAGUAUGUACAGUGCAUGUGCAUAUCCUUUGUACUGUGUGGAUGUGGUCUAUAAUCCAGGUUUGAGGCCGCUAAACUGGUGAUGCAGUGGCUGUGUAACCAUGAGGACCAGAACAUGCAGAGGAUGGCUGUGGCUAUCAUUUCUAUACUGGCAGCCAAGGUAGGUGUGUGUGUGUGCGUACAUGCCUGAGUGUGUGUCAAAUAUGGUAUUAGAAAUGUAUUUGAGGUUUGGUCUUUGCUGACGUGUGUGUUUCUCUUCAGUUAUCUACAGAGCAGACAGCCCAGCUGGGAGCAGAGCUGUUCAUAGUGAAGGUGACUGUUCAAACAUCCUCCAUUCACACAGCUGGCCAUUGGCACAUACUUUCCCCUUCUAAAUAAUUGCUGUCUGCAGUGUUUAAAAAAAAAAAAACAGUAAUUGUCACCAUAUCUCUGUCUAUCCCCCUCUUUCUCUGUCCCUCUUUCUCUCUCUGCAGCAACUCCUCCACAUCGUGCGUCAGAAGGCGACUCAGGGCGUGGUAGAUGCCACCCUCAAGUUCACUCUGAGCGCGCUCUGGAACCUCACCGACGAAUCACCAACCACCUGCCGCCAUUUUAUAGAGAACCAGGGACUGGAGCUGUUCAUCAAAGUACUGGAGGUAGUACACACACGCUCACUCACAGACCCUAGAGCUGUUCAUCAAAGUUACAACACACUCUCUCUGACCCGAGAGCUGUUCAUCAAAGUGCUAGUUACAACACACUCUCUCUGACCCGAGAGCUGUUCAUCAAAGUGCUAGUUACAACACACUCUCUCUGACCCGAGAGCUGUUCAUCAAAGUGCUAGUUACAACACACUCACGCUCAGACCCUGAAGUUCUUAAUGCCUGAAGUGCAUACUGACUCACUCACACCUCUUUAUCGUCCCCUUUCUUUCUCUCUGCAGUCGUUCCCCUCUGAGUCUUCCAUCCAGCAGAAGGUGUUGGGGCUGCUGGUGAGUCAUAGUGAACCUUUGACUGACUAUCAGUGUAUUUAUUCUACUGGUUACCAACCCUGGUUUGUGGUCCUAGGGGCUAGACGUAGUGAAUUCAGCGGAGACAAACAGUACUGACGAAACCGUUUGUUUUAUGUUUGAAUCAUCCCAUUUUAAGUGGUGGAGAACCGUGGAGGAGCUGACUGUGUGGCUCUGUCUCUCUCCAGAACAACAUAGCAGAGGUUGGGGAGCUGCAUGAGGAGCUGAUGGUUCAGGGUUUCCUGGAUCACAUCUGCUCCCUGCUCCACAGCUCUGAGGUGGAGGUGUCCUACUUCGCUGCUGGGAUACUGGCCCACCUCACCUCCAGAGGAGAGGCUGCAUGGACACUCAGUAUCACACUGAGGUCUGACCUGCUAGAACAACUGGUAUGUGGGGGAGGGGUGUGUGUGUGUGUGAAUUGUCAAAGUGAGUUGUUAUACCACCACCUGUGUGUGUGUGUAUAUAAUUGUCUCAUGUUCUGUGUGUCUCACCUCCAGCACUCUGCCAUCCUGAAGUGGCAGACCCCAGAGUGUGAGAUGGUGGCCUACAGGUAAGACCUCCAUGCACGCACACAAGGAGAGGAGGAUCGGAAGCCACUGUAAACUAUUAAGAUGCAGCCUGAGUAUUAAUGAUCUCCUCCCCCCUCUGUAGGUCCUUUAACCCUUUCUUCCCCCUGUUGGAGUGUUUCCACACCCCAGGAGUUCAGCUGUGGGCAGCCUGGGCCAUGCAGCAUGUCUGCAGCAAGAACGGUGAGACACACUCCAGCUUCCGAGUUUCUACCUGUCGUACGUUUCUAUAUAUUCUGCUCUGUGCGUCAUCAAUGUGAGUUUAAUCUCUCUGGACUCCUGCAGCCCCUCGAUACUGCAGUAUGCUGCUGGAGGAGGGAGGUCUGCAGCAGCUGGAAAAGGUCCAGACACACCCCGACACACACGCAGAUGUCAUGCGAUUGGCUGAUGGCAUCCUGGAGAGCCUGCAGCGCCACCAAGCUCGCACCGGCCAGACCACACAAACACCCCCGCUGCCCACCGCAACCACACACACACACAAAGGUGAGACACACACAAACACGCACAAUGAUUUCUAGUGUGUGAUUUCGGAACAAUAAAAAUGCUCUUUCUCCUCCAGAAAGUGAUACGCCCUGAUCAGAACCCAUUCCACCUGUACUGUCAAGACGAGUCCAGAAAGAGGUGUGUGUUGACACAUGUUCAUUAAGCCUGUCGUAUGCUUCCCAUUCGAAACAGUUUGCGCCAAUACUAUGACGAAAUGUUGACGUUUUUGUUUAUAUUGGAGUUCGGCAGGGGUUUUUCCAGCUAUUCACGCACCAAAUGUUUUCUUGAGGCAAGUCAAAGUUUGGUAGCCAAAGUCAACAGUACUACUCCUAGUAUUAGUGGGAACUAUGGACAAGAUUCUUCAUUGAAGUGUUUGUCAUUCAGUGAGGGUCUACUAGUUUUCAUGCAAAUUGUUUUCACUUGAGAAAUACUGCAC